ASCGUGUGGACAAUCCGUCCUGAAGAUAUGAUUUGAGAAGCAAAUCAGAUUCUCCUGCAGUCAGAACAUAAACCUGCUGGAGACAAAGUUAGGAAGAGAAACCUGUUAAAAAUGACUGAAGAUGUUAAUGUUUUAUAACUCCUGUCACGUGUAGGGGUCAUUAUUCACUCGAGGUGACCCCUACACAUGUUAAUCUGAUGAUCAGUCUGCCCUGUUCCUUUAGGCUCUGUAAAAGCUCAUUUCAGCCAUUUAUGUUUGCAGUUUUAUUCUUCUGGUCACUAUUUAUAGAUGAGAAACAAAGUCUGUUUUUUUUCUGUAAGAAUAAAAGUAGUUUAAAGACAGCAGUUUGGAUACAGGGCUUGUUCCCACAUGCUGCAGCUCACAGUCACACGGAAAUAAAUUUUCUAAACAAAACAGUUCAGGAAGGUUUUAGCUGAAGUCUAAGAACAACUAAAGACCAGCUUCAAGGAUCACUUCCCRUCCAGUGAUCAGGUCAAACGCAAAAACACUGUAUGAUUUCUAAUUUGUCUUUUUAAAGUCGUGCUCGUGUUCUUCACAACCUAAAGUCGAAGCAGCAAUACUAUUUUUAUUCCUGUCCAUGUGUUUGAUUAACUUUGGUUGUAAAGGUUAAUGUCAAUGUUUUCAGCAAAGAUAAAUAGUAAAGCAAAGAUAGUUGUUUCUCAUUUGUUUCUGGUUUCAACCCAAACAAAACAGAAAGCCUAAAUUUGGAUGCCCUGGGAGCAUCAUGACCACUUCUAAUCUGGAUGUUUAAGGGUUUAAACAUCUUAUUCAGAUCAAUGCAAAUGUUUGCUCUGCCUCCAGCUCAGUCUGUGAGGAUGAGAAUAAAUAAAAUCAGACUCUUGUUCUUCAUGAACUCAAACAGAAGCGGGAUGGAGAAGAUCAUCUUCAGAGUUCUCAUCCUAACAAGCGCUUGCUGUUUGUCGGCGAAACACGUUUUUGUCUCAACAGGGKCCUCCUGGGGAGAGGCUCGAUCAGUCUGCCAGGACGUGUUCACCGACGUGUCGCCUCUCACCAACACUCUGGAAGAACUGGUGUUCAGAUGGUCUGUAGGGGUGAACGACGAGGGAUGGAUCGGUAUUUACUGGAACAAAACCCUCCAGAGAUGGGUAUGGUCGGGUGGAGACCUCGUGACCUACCACAACCAGCUUGAUUUGCAAAACGAUGGGCUGCUUAKUCUAUCGUCCAGUACCACUGCCAAUAAUGGCUACUGGACCCAAAGCGGAUGGCAAUGGAAAAACGGYGGAGAAAAACACGGUUUCUUCUGUUUGAGCCUGAAAGUGGUCCAGGAGGAGAAGACCUGGGAGGAGGCUCUGGAGCACUGCAGGAAGAACUACGGCAACCUCAACAGCGUGCUGUCGGAGACCGAGAACCUGCUGGCCACCAGAGAGAUCCAACCAGCCGGCGUCACUGAGCGGGUGUGGAUCGGCCUGCGGUUCCUUGGAGACGAGUGGCUGUGGGUGAACGGGCUCCCGCUGCUGUACACCAAGUGGAAUCCAUACCAGGACCCCCAGUGUUCAGUGAAUAAACGCUGCGGAGCUCUAACCAAGGGGGGACUGUGGGAGAGCUGGGACUGCCUGGAGAAACUCAGCUUCAUCUGCUAYUAA